GGUUGCGGCUGGUUUGAAAGCGGCAGUUUCCUGGCAGCUUGGGCAGGCGUUGGUCUCCGCGCUACAGCUCCGCAGCGGCCACGAUCGAUCCCGCGACGGGUCUACGCGCGCUUCUGCGCGACCCCGACGGAUUUUUCCCGUUCCCGGCUCUUCCCCCUUCACCUCACCGCCCCCCCGCCUCAGCCUUUCCCGCCGCUCGGGCGCUGAGCCCAGGGACCAGCCGGCGGCAGUGACCCCACCCGAAGCCCCUUCUGGAACCUCCUGGGGACAAUUCCCUUUUCCUUUCUUCAGCCUAACCCGCGGUGGCCCUCGCGGAGUCCGGUCAGCCCCGGGGAGCGCAGCCGGGAGGGGCGUCCAAGGGGCGUCUCGGGUCUGGGAACGGCCGGGCCCCCAGCGGGCUGUGGUCGCGGGGUGGGGGCCGGAGCGGCGAGGCCCCCCUUACCGGGCUGCGCGGGCCGCCCAGGGCCCCCGGGCUGAGACGGGGCCGGAGCGGCGCCCCGGCCGCCCGCGCGGGGUCUCCCCCAUGGUGCAGCGGGGUUCGGGAUGUCGAAGACGCUGAAGAAGAAGAAGCACUGGCUCAGCAAGGUGCAGGAGUGCGCCGUGUCCUGGGCCGGGCCCCCGGGCGACUUCGGCGCGGAGAUCCGCGGUGGCGCGGAGCGUGGCGAGUUCCCCUACCUGGGGCGGCUCCGCGAGGAGCCCGGCGGGGGCACCUGCUGCGUCGUCUCGGGCAAGGCGCCCAGCCCAGGCGAUGUGCUGCUGGAGGUAAACGGGACGCCUGUCAGCGGGCUCACCAACCGGGACACUCUGGCUGUCAUCCGCCACUUCCGCGAGCCCAUCCGUCUCAAGACUGUGAAACCAGGCAAAGUCAUUAAUAAAGAUUUGCGGCAUUACCUAAGUCUUCAGUUUCAAAAAGGAUCAAUUGACCACAAACUGCAGCAAGUGAUCAGAGAUAAUCUCUACUUGAGAACCAUUCCAUGCACUACAAGGGCCCCCAGGGAUGGAGAAGUACCAGGAGUGGAUUAUAAUUUCAUUUCCGUUGAACAGUUCAAAGCACUGGAAGAGAGUGGAGCAUUGUUAGAAAGUGGGACAUAUGAUGGAAACUUCUAUGGAACUCCCAAGCCUCCAGCAGAACCCAGCCCUUUUCAGCCAGAUCCAGUUGAUCAAGUCCUCUUUGAUAAUGAGUUUGAUGCAGAAUCUCAAAGAAAACGAACUACGUCUGUCAGCAAGAUGGAAAGAAUGGAUAGCUCUCUUCCUGAAGAGGAAGAAGAUGAGGACAAGGAAGCUAUUAAUGGCAGUGGAAACGCAGAAAACAGAGAGAGGCAUUCUGAGUCAUCUGACUGGAUGAAGACUGUUCCAAGUUACAACCAAACAAAUAGCUCCAUGGACUUUAGAAAUUAUAUGAUGAGAGAUGAGACUCUGGAACCACUGCCCAAAAACUGGGAAAUGGCCUACACUGACACAGGGAUGAUCUACUUCAUUGACCACAAUACCAAGACAACCACCUGGUUGGAUCCUCGUCUUUGUAAGAAAGCCAAAGCCCCUGAAGACUGUGAAGAUGGAGAGCUUCCUUAUGGCUGGGAGAAAAUAGAGGACCCUCAGUAUGGGACAUACUAUGUUGAUCACCUUAACCAGAAAACCCAGUUUGAAAAUCCAGUGGAGGAAGCCAAAAGGAAAAAGCAGUUAGGACAGGCUGAAAUUGGGUCUUCAAAACCAGAUUUGGAAAAAUCACACUUCACAAGAGAUCCAUCCCAGCUUAAAGGUGUCCUUGUUCGAGCAUCACUGAAAAAAAGCACAAUGGGAUUUGGUUUUACUAUUAUUGGCGGAGAUAGACCUGACGAGUUCCUACAAGUGAAAAAUGUGCUGAAAGAUGGUCCCGCAGCUCAGGAUGGGAAAAUUGCACCAGGCGAUGUUAUUGUAGACAUCAAUGGCAACUGUGUCCUCGGUCACACUCAUGCAGAUGUUGUCCAGAUGUUUCAAUUGGUACCUGUCAAUCAGUAUGUAAACCUCACUUUAUGUCGUGGUUAUCCACUUCCUGAUGACAGUGAAGAUCCUGUUGUGGACAUUGUUGCUGCUACCCCUGUCAUCAAUGGACAGUCAUUAACCAAGGGAGAGACUUGCAUGAAUCCUCAGGAUUUUAAGCCAGGAGCAAUGGUUCUGGAGCAGAAUGGAAAAUCGGGACACACUUUGACUGGUGAUGGUCUCAAUGGACCAUCAGAUACAAGUGAGCAGAGAAUAUCCAUGGCAUCGUCAGGCAGCUCCCAGCCUGAACUAGUGACUAUCCCUUUGAUUAAGGGCCCUAAAGGGUUUGGGUUUGCAAUUGCUGACAGCCCUACUGGACAGAAGGUGAAAAUGAUACUGGAUAGUCAGUGGUGUCAAGGCCUUCAGAAAGGAGAUAUAAUUAAGGAAAUAUACCAUCAAAAUGUGCAGAAUUUAACACAUCUCCAAGUGGUAGAGGUGCUAAAGCAGUUUCCAGUAGGUGCUGAUGUACCAUUGCUUAUCUUAAGAGGAGGUCCUCCUUCACCAACCAAAACUGCCAAAAUGAAAACAGAUAAAAAGGAAAAUGCAGGAAGUUUGGAGGCCAUAAAUGAGCCUAUUCCUCAGCCUAUGCCUUUUCCACCGAGCAUUAUCAGGUCAGGAUCCCCAAAAUUGGAUCCUUCCGAGGUCUACCUGAAAUCUAAGACUUUAUAUGAAGAUAAACCACCAAACACCAAAGAUUUGGAUGUUUUUCUUCGAAAACAAGAGUCAGGGUUUGGCUUCAGGGUGCUAGGAGGAGAUGGACCUGACCAGUCUAUAUAUAUUGGGGCUAUUAUUCCCCUGGGAGCAGCUGAGAAAGAUGGUCGGCUCCGCGCAGCUGAUGAACUAAUGUGCAUUGAUGGAAUUCCUGUUAAAGGGAAAUCACACAAACAAGUCUUGGACCUCAUGACAACUGCUGCUCGAAAUGGCCAUGUGUUACUAACUGUCAGACGGAAGAUCUUCUAUGGAGAAAAACAACCCGAGGACGACAGCUCUCAGGCCUUCAUUUCAACACAGAAUGGAUCUCCCCGCCUGAACCGGGCAGAGGUCCCAGCCAGGCCUGCACCCCAGGAGCCCUAUGAUGUUGUCUUGCAACGAAAAGAAAAUGAAGGAUUUGGCUUUGUCAUCCUCACCUCCAAAAACAAACCACCUCCAGGAGUUAUUCCUCAUAAAAUUGGCCGAGUCAUAGAAGGAAGUCCGGCUGACCGCUGUGGAAAACUGAAAGUUGGAGAUCAUAUCUCUGCAGUGAAUGGGCAGUCCAUUGUUGAACUGUCUCAUGAUAACAUUGUUCAGCUGAUCAAAGAUGCUGGUGUCACCGUCACACUAACGGUCAUUGCUGAAGAAGAGCAUCAUGGUCCACCAUCAGGAACAAACUCAGCCAGGCAAAGCCCAGCCCUGCAGCACAGGCCCAUGGGACAGUCACAGGCCAACCACAUACCUGGGGACAGAAGUGCCCUAGAAGGUGAAAUUGGAAAAGAUGUCUCCACUUCUUACAGACAUUCUUGGUCAGACCACAAGCACCUUGCACAGCCUGACACCGCAGUAAUUUCAGUUGUAGGCAGUCGGCACAAUCAGAGCCUUGGUUGUUAUCCAGUAGAGCUGGAGAGAGGCCCCCGGGGCUUUGGAUUCAGCCUCCGAGGGGGGAAGGAGUACAACAUGGGGCUGUUCAUCCUUCGUCUUGCUGAAGAUGGUCCUGCCAUCAAAGAUGGCAGAAUUCAUGUUGGUGACCAGAUUGUUGAAAUCAAUGGGGAACCUACACAAGGAAUCACACAUACUCGAGCAAUUGAGCUCAUUCAGGCUGGUGGAAAUAAAGUUCUUCUUCUUUUGAGGCCAGGAACUGGCUUGAUACCUGACCAUGGUUUGGCUCCUUCCGGUCUGUGCUCCUACGUGAAACCCGAGCAACAUUAAGGCUUUCAGGGCUUUUCUUGGUCUUUCCUUAAAAAGACUUGGUGAUUGGGAUAUUAAUAAUCCUUCGUCUUCAAAUGUGAUUUAUGAUGAACAGUCACCAUUACCCCCAUCUUCACAUUUUGCUUCCAUAUUUGAAGAGUCUCACGUGCCAGUAAUUGAAGAAUCUUUGAGAGUUCAGAUAUGUGAAAAGGCAGAAGAAUUAAAGGACAUUGUGCCUGAAGAGAAAAGCACUUUAAAUGAAAAUCAGCCUGAGAUAAAGCAUCAGUCUCUUCUCCAGAAAAAUGUGAGUAAGAGGGAUCCACCCAGCAGUCAUGGGCACAGUAACAAGAAAAAUCUAUUAAAAGUAGAAAAUGGUGUUACACGAAGAGGUAGAUCGGUUAGUCCCAAAAAGCCAGCCAGUCAACAUUCAGAGGAACAUUUGGAUAAGAUUCCUAGUCCUCUAAAAAAUAACCCCAAAAGAAGACCCAGAGAUCGAUCCCUCAGCCCCAGCAAAGGGGAAAAUAAAAGUUGUCAGGUCAGCACCAGGGCAGGUUCUGGACAAGAUCAGUGCAGAAAAAGCAGAGGUCGGUCGGCCAGCCCAAAAAAGCAGCAAAAAAUUGAAGGAAGCAAAGCUCCAUCAAAUGCUGAGGCCAAAUUAUUAGAGGGUAAGAGUCGAAGAAUAGCAGGCUAUACGGGCAGUAAUGCUGAGCAGAUCCCAGAUGGGAAGGAAAAAUCAGACGUCAUCAGGAAAGAUGCAAAGCAGAAUCAGUUGGAAAAAAGCAGAACAAGGUCUCCAGAGAAAAAAAGCAAAAGAAUGGUUGAGAAAUCUCUUCCAUCCAAAAUGACUAAUAAGACUACAAGUAAAGAAGUAUCUGAAAAUGAAAAAGGAAAGAAAGUAACCACAGGAGAAACAAGUUCUAGUAACGAUAAAAUAGGAGAAAAUGUCCAGCUAUCAGAAAAGAGGCUGAAGCAAGAACCUGAAGAGAAGGUAGUUUCAAACAAAACAGAAGAUCACAAAGGGAAAGAACUAGAGGCAGCUGACAAAAACAAAGAGACUGGAAGGUUCAAACCGGAAAGCAGUUCUCCAGUUAAGAAAACACUGAUAACUCCAGGGCCCUGGAAGGUUCCAAGUGGAAAUAAAGUCACAGGCACUAUUGGUAUGGCUGAGAAACGGCAGUAACCUUUAGUAUAAAACAAAAAGUUGUAAUCUUUUCUUACAGCAGCAUUUUUCCAGAAAAAGCCUUUUUUUUUUUUCAGAUAUUCUGAAACAGAUAAGUACAUGUUAAUGUGAGCCUCAAGUUACCUAGGCUGCAUGAAGGGCCUUUAGGAUUGCUAAGAACCAACUGUCCCCCUGGCCGGCUGCCCUCCCUCGCUCUCAGGAAGGAGCUGCAUCCACACGCUCAUCUGACCCGCCCUGCUCAGGCUGCCCAGCUCGUCUUCAUGAGUGUCUGAACAAAUGACAUAUGUUGAUAUUAACAAUGUGGUCACAACUCACUUUGUAUUUGUGCCAAGUUAUCUACUGUAUCAUGUCUGUUUUUAUCCUUUUCGUUCAGCUGUUUCCACAGUAAUGAAAAAGUUAGGUUUGGCUUGGAAGUUGAUGAUCUCAAUAGCAUGUUGCAUGUUUACAGAGAGAAAUAUGUGAGUCCUUGCAGAAGAAGAGACUGUUAACUCAUCGUUAAAGAUGGCCGUUGUCUCUUCUAACAGCUACUGAUGAUGUCCCACUUUAAAAAUAAAACCCCCAAACAUCACUACUUUAAGGAAAAAAAAAAUGUAGUCCAAUAUUGAUGCUUUCUUAUGGCUUUUUAUUUUAAUUUGGCUGGAUAAGUUGUUUCAAAUAACUGUUAAAGAUAUUACUUACAAUUGAAUGUUCGAAAUAAGAAAGUACUUUAAGCAAUAGAGUUCAUCUGCUGUGUUAUCCAACCUCGAUGUAUACUUACAGCAUCUCAGGUCACCCUUUUUAUUUCAGUUAUUUAAUUAUGAAACCAUAAAGAAGCAUGUGGAAAUAGUGUUUAUUGCUCUUUGAAGAAAAACCACCAACUAUUUCUGGAUAUUUUGGCUGUACCUACUACUAAAGUCAUUAGUCUUUAAUACAUAAUACAUAUUUGAAAAGUAAACGUAUUAUAUAGAUUAUGUGAGGGACUUAAUCAUGAAACCAGUUUCACAGUCCAAGUACCAACUCUUCUGGUAGCAGGUGCACAAGCUUGGGUGUUUAAAAACAACCUGUGUAGGGUAUGCCCAGCAAAUGAGGACAAAUGUGUAGACAGUACUUACUGGAUCUUAUUUAACUUUUAGCUACAUUAACUAACUUUCUUAUUUAAAAACAAGAAAGGGAGACUAAACAUCUGCUUAGCUUGUACACAUUUUCAGAAUUCUUUUUAAAAGUCUAGUUAAAGAUGUUACUUAGAAGUUGGAGACUGUUAACAACUUCCAUAAAAUAGAUCCAGGUUUUUCAGUUCCCUGAAGCAGCAUUCAGUAGCAUCUAUAUAAAUAAAGGCACCUUCUGAGAAUAAAACUAUUUUAUGGAGUGUGUGAACACACUUGUUCUGUCACCUGGGUUCAUCUUGUUGUGAAGCACAUCCAGGUCCCUCCCUCUGGGAGUCUGACUGUGAAACUCUUUAACCCAACAACUCAAUUAGCCCCUGUAGAUAAGACAUGCUUCCCAGAGUGAGAUUUUUGAAAUCCCCUUUUCAUCCAGAACUAUAUUUACCCACCUAUUGUAACUAUUCAAAUAGAGCAAAAUUAGGAGGCUUGAUAAAUACUAAGAAUUUAGUACCACAGAAAUUAUUUAUUAUUUUCCCUGUAGUCCACAAUUAGUGAUAACGAAUCCUAUUUUUGUUAACUAACUGUGACAUAACUUUGAUGUCAUAUGUUGUCCUAUGUGGUUCUUCCUAAGUAAACUCUGUACUGAUUAUAUACUGACUUAGCAAUGUGGCCUUGGAAUGCUGAGCAAAAUGUGGAUGUACUGGUUGUAAAUGUUUAUAUAUUGUACAGUACCUUUAUAUAUACACUUGAGGUUCUGAUUAGAGAAAGAUCUGUAAAUUGCUCAUUAUUUUUUAUAUAGAUAUUUAAAAAAAACAGUUUAUGGCCUGCAUUUCUUUUACUGUCACAUUGGUUUAAUGUUGCUUUCUAAUGGUGGAGCUAGGUCCCAUCAUAGUCUGAGUCCUCAAAUAGAUUUUGUCCCUCCAAGUAACAAACUUUCAAAGUCCUAAAAUCAGGAAGAGUCUUAUAAUAAUGAUUUUACUUCUAUAGCUAUACUUUUAUUUAUAAAUAGAGUUUGAAAUUCUUUAGAGUUGAAUAUCAUUAUAACCAUUUUUCAUCUUUCAUUGUAAAGAAAAUAGCUUUGGAUAAAUAAUUUGCUACUGAAAAUCCUUAACACUGUUGGGGAGAGAAGAGGAGUUUCUCAUUGGAAAUUCAGCUACUAGACAUUUAUAAUGGAUAUAGUAAUAUAAGUCCAGUUACUACAAGGUCACAAAAUCCCAUUUCAUCAGACUAAUGAUUCACAUUAUCUUUAAAGAUCAUUUAUUUAGUUUUAUACUUACUUUUAGAAUGUUUUGACUUAACUCGGUAUGAAAAGUGCCUGAAACCUACUUCAAGACCAUGGUUAAUUUUAUACUCUUAAGGUGAAAUAUAAAUUCCCACUUACCAUUGCAAGAACUCAUACUAAAAAUAAACCCACAGUCGGGCACAGUGGCUCAUGCCUGUAAUCCCAACACUUUGGGAGGCCAAUGCAGGCAGAUCAUUUGAGGUCAGAAGUUCGAGACCAGCCUGGCCAACAUGGUGAAAUCCUGUCUGUCUCUACUAAAAAUACAAAAAUUAGCCAGGCAUGGCGGCGGGUGCCUGUAAUCCCAGCUACUCAGGAGGCUGAGGCAGGAGAAUCGCUUGAACCCAGGAGGCGGAGGUUGCAGUGAGGUGAGAUCACACCACUGCACUCCAGUCUGGCUGACAGAUGAUGAGACUCCAUCUCAAAAAAAAAAAAAAAAAAAAAAGUAUACCCAAACUUCUAGUUAGUUCCCAGACCCCACAGUGAAGAUGUGCCAUAGCAGAGGCUGCAGAAACAAACACGCAGUAAAAUCGUUUUGUUGUUUUAGUGAACAUAUUUUCUUACUGGUCACAACAGGGAGAAAAGCUUUGAGAUAUUAUUACAUUGUCUCCCUAGUGAGAUUAGAAGGCUAAGAUCCUAUGAUAUUGUCUUUAGUUACAUCAGUCUUGGACCAGGCAGCUUUUGAACAGGGACAACUCUUAUUUCAGAAGUCUUGGAUCCAGAAAGGCACUUGGCUUUUUAUUCUACAUGAGAAUACCUUGUUACUUCCCUUUUUAAUAGCAAGAUUUAAAAGAGAAAUAAAUGUAAUCAUGUAGAAGUAAAACCAAAUGCUUUUAAACAUGUAGACAAAGAAUUAUUUUAUGUUUAAUAUGUCCACCAUUCAAAGAGUAAGGAUUUAUAAGGCAAGGAGUAUUCAGAUUAAACUGUAUAAAACAGUCUCACUAAUGACUUCCAGAAAGCUGUAUUUAAGUUGAAGCUUAGUCCACAGUGGAGCUAAGGAACAUUGAUAUAAAUAAACUUGUUACAAAAUGCGACAUUUCAGUCUGGUAUGAGGAAUACAUCAGAGCAAGUUUUUACAUCAUCAUGGCAUGCUCCAAGGCCUAAAAACUAUUUGUGCUUUUGAAACAAUAACAUUUAUUUAUUCAGGUGGCUCUUUUCUGGUUCUAUUAGAGUUUAUCGGGAAUAUGACUUGUUUAAAGCAUGUCAUUAUUACAUGGAAUCUAUAAUCUUUGCUUUUAGCUAGCUGAAUUAACUUAAUAUAUCAACUAAGUUGGAUAUUUUUUCAACAUUGCUAGGCAAGUAGCCUUAAGAAUUAUAAAGCCAGGCAUGGUAGUAGACACCUGUAGUCCAAACUACUCAGGAGGCUGAGCUGGGAGGAUCACUUGUGCCCAGGAGUUUGAGUCCAGCCUGGAUGACACAGUGAGACCCCAUCUCAAAAAUAAAUCUUUUUUUUUUUCCCCCUUGAGAUGGGGUCUCACUCUGCCACCCAGGCUGGAGUGCGGUGGCACGAUCUUGGCUCACUGCAACCUCUGCCUCCUGGGUUCAAGCAGUUCUCCCACCUCAGCCUCCCCAGUAGCUAGGACUACAGGCGCACACUACCACACCCAGCUAAUUUUUGUACUUCUUGGUAGAGAUGGGGUUUCACCAUGUUGGCCAGGCUGGUCUCAAACCCCUGAUCUCAGGUGAUCUGCCCACCUCAGCUUCCCAAAGUGCAGGGGUUACAGGUGUGAGUCACUGUGCCCAGCCAAAAAAAAAAAAUUUUUUUUAAAGUACUAUAAUAAGGAAGUAUGAAGGCUUAUAAGGAGUUAGAAUUCUGGCUGGGCGCGGUGACUCACGCCUGUAAUUCCAGCACUUUGGGAGGCCGAGGCAGGUGGAUCAGGAGGUCAGGAGAUCAAGACCAUCUUAGCCAACAUGGUGAAACCCGUUUCUACUAAAAUACAAAAAAAUAGCUGGGUGUGGUGGCGCAUGCCUAUAAUCUCAGCUACUUGGGAGGCUGAGGCAGGGGAAUCGCUUGAACCUAGGAGGCGGAGGUUGCAGGGAGCUGAGAUCAUGCCACUGCACUCCAGCCUGGCGACAGAGCAAGACUCUGUCUCAAAAAAAAAAAAAAAAAAAAAAAAAAAAAAAAAAUUCUAUUUAAUAGAAAACUCUGAAUCUUUCUUAUUUAUACAUUAAAAUAGGAAAACAUAGCCAAGAGCUUUAAUUUAGCCUGAACCUAUAUCUUGACAAAUAAUCCUGUGGGUAUUUUGCAAUACUGCAUUCAAGUCAAGCCUAACUAUUAGCAAAUACACAAAUCAAGAGACAUAUUUUGUCCUUAAUAAAAGAUAAUCGGCUGGGCACAGUGGCUCACGCGUGUAUUCCCAACACUUUGGGAGGCCGAGGCAGGUGGAUCACGAGGUCAGGAGAUCGAGACCAUCCUGGCUAACACAGUGAAAUCCCGUAUCUACUGAAAAUACAAAAAAUUAGCCAGGCGUGGUUGCACGCGCCUGUAGUCCCAGCUACUCAAGAGGCUGAGGCAGGAGAAUUACUUGAACCUGGGAGGCAGAAGUUGCAAUGAGCCAAGAUCGCACCACUGCACUCCAGCUUGGGUGACAGAGCGAGACUCCAUCUCAAAAAAAUUUAAAAAAAAAAAAUAGAAAAAUAAAAGACAACCAUUUAUUAACUAGAGUAAUACCCUAUUAUACCUUAUAGGCUCAGGAUAUGCUGCAGGAAAGGUAUAGAAUUAUUGCACAUUUGUGAAACUCACACUUCACUAUUCAACAUGGGCCCCAAUAACAGCAGGGAGCAAAGGAUUACUAAACUAGCCAGUACAUGAAUAGAUUAGGUUUAAUGAAUUAACUCCCAAGUGACACACUGUAUUUGGAAGAGAGACUCAUCUAGCCUAUUAUGAGUGUGUAGAUCUAAAAGUUUUCACACAUAAAUUUCAUUAAUUUGAAAGAUUAUUUUUAAACUGCAUAGGUCCACUUGCCUCUAAAUAAAAUGAACCUAAAAUAAAAACAAACUAUACUUUGUGAGACAUCCUGGUAUUUAGAAUUUUUCUACCUGUCUCUGAAAGUCAGAACCAUACUCCAAUGAGGCAAGUAUUUGGUUAUUCAACUUCUCAAAGUGUUUAUAGUAUACAUGGGCCAUAUUGUACAUAUUUAGAAAGUCUGUAGAUCAGCAGUCCCCAACCUUUUUGGCACCAGAGACUGAUUUCAUGGAAGGCAAUUUUUCCACGGACCUGGGGGCAGGGAGAAGGGAUGCAGGGAGGGGGUGGUUUCAGGAUGAUUCAAGUGCAUUACAUUUACUGUGCACUUUAUUAUCAUUUCAUUGUAAUAUAUAAUGAAAUAAUUAUACAACUCUCCAUAAUGUAGAAUCAGUGGGAGCCCUGAGCUUGUUUUCUUGCAACUAGACGUCCCAUCUGGAAGUGACGGGAGACAGUGACAGAUCAUCAGGCAUUAGAUUCUCAUAAGGAGCACACGACCUAGAUCCUCGCAUGCACAGUCCACAACAGGGUUCACGCUCCUCUAAGAAUCCAAUGCUGCUGCUGACCUGACAGAGGUGACCUGACAGAGGUGGAGCUCAGGCAGUAAUGCAAGCAGUGUGAGCAGCUGUAAAUACAGAUGAAGCUUCACUCUCACCUGCAGCUCACCUCCUGCUGUUCAGCGUGGGUGUGGGUGGCUGGGGACCCCUGUGGUAUAUUAUACACCCAAAGCAACUUUAGGAGAGAUAAUUUUUCCCAAUAUAACUGCAGAUUAUAAAAUUAAGUCAACAGGUAUUUUUCUUACCCUUCUAUGGUUAUUACUAUUCCAACUAAAUGUAUGAAUGGCCUAAUCUAAUUGUUUUUACAUCUUGGUUUAAUUUCUCAGUAACAAGUAAUUAUCACCAAAAUCUCAUUCCUUUUUUGAAAUCAAAACAAAAGCCCAAGUUCCUAGAAAUUAUUAUACAGGGAUAAAUGAGGCACUGAAGGUGGGAGAACCAUGAAAUUACAGUUGAUCCUUGAACAACAUGGGUUUGAAUGGUGUGGGUCCACUUAUAUACAGGUCUUUUUCUGUAAGUAUAUUGGAAAAUUUUUUUGAGAUUUGUGGCAAUUUGAAAAAACAAACCAUGUAGCCUAGAAAUAUAGAAAAAUUAAAAAGUUAUGUAGAUACUAGCCUAUUUUAUCAUUUACUAUAAAAUACACACAAAUCUAUUAUAAAAAGUUAAAAUUUAUAAAAACAUACAAACACAAACUGUACAUGGCACCAUUCACAGUUGAGAGAAAUGUAAACAAAGAUACAGUAUUAAAUCAUAACUGCAUAAAAUUAACUGUAGUACAUACUGAGCUACUAUAAUUAUUUUGUAGUUACCUCCUGUUGCUAUUGUGGUGAACUCAAGUGUCAAAAGAUCUGUUUAAAACACCAUGUGAUGCUAAUCAUCUCUGUGUGAGCAGUUCAUCUCUCCAUAAACCGUGGAUCACAGUAAAAAGUGAUCCCUUGCGGUUCUUGCAUAUUUUUCAUGGUUAGUGCAAUACUGUAAACCUUGAGGACAUAAAAACUGCAGGACCCAUAUGAAGCACCACCAGUCAUAGAAGUGCUCCCAAGAAGCACAGAAGAGUCAUGACAUUACAAGAAAAAGUUGAGUUGCUUGAUACCAUAGAUUGGGGUCUGUGGUUGCCCACCAUUUCAAGAUAAAUGAGUCCAGUAUAAGGACCAUUGUAAAAGAAAGAAGGAAAGAAGAAAGAAGGAAGGAAGGGAGGGAGGGAGGGAGGGAGGGAAGAAAAGAAAAACUCAUGAAGCUUUUGCUGCAGUUAUGCCACCAGGCAUGAAAACCUUGCACUUUUUGUGAAAUAGCUUUUAACUUGCAUUUAAAAUGCAGCUUCAUGUGAGUAUGGGAGUGCUCUAAGGCAUAUCCAUAGAUUCCAAUGUGAUUCAAGAAAAAGCAAAGGUAUAUGACAAAGCAAAAGGAAAGUAGAUUUGCUGAUGAAGAAGCAGCAGACGAGUUCACAGAUGCCAUUCAGAAGAUAACUGAGAAGAAAAGAUAUCUGCCUUAACAGGUUUUUAAUGCAGAAGAAAGUGCCUAUUCUGAGAAAUAAUGCCACAAAGGAAAUUUAUUAGAAAGAGAAGCAAGCACCAUGAUUUAGGCAGGAAAGGAUAAGCUAACACUGUGCAAAUGCAGUUGUGUUUACGAUCAGGACUACACAUAUCUGUAAACCUGCUAACCCCCAAGCCUUGAAGAAGAAGAAGAAAAAAAAAACACCAGCUGACAGUCUUUUGGUUGUAUACCAAGAAGUCCUAGACAAUGAGAACCCUUUUUCUGGAUUGGUUCUGUCAAUGCUUUGUCCCUAAAGUCAGGAAGUACCUUGCUAGUAAGACACUACCUUUGAAAGUUCUUUUGAUACUGGACAAUGCCCCUGGCCACCUAAAACCCCAUAAAUUCAACACCAAAGCGAUGAAGUGGUCUCUGUGCUCCAAACACAACAUCUUUAAUUCAGGAAUAAGGGGGUCAUAAGGGCUUUUCAGAUCCAUUACACACAGUACUCUGGAAAGGACUGUCAAUACUGUGAAAGAGAACCCCAAGAGAGAACAUUAUGAAAGUCUGGAAGGAAUGAUUAUGCCAUGCCACUGAAAAUGCCAUCAGUGUUACAGAAAAAGCUGUGAAAGCCAACAAGCCCAAAACAAUAAAUUCUGGCUGGAGAAACCUGUGCAGAUGUUGUGCAUAACUUCAUAGGAUUUACAAAAGAGUCAAUCAAGGAAAUCAUGAAAGAGAUUGUGGAUGUGGCAAAAAAAAAAGUGGGGUGUGAAGGGUUUCAAGAGAAAUUCAGGAGCUAAUAAACCCCACACCAUAGGAAUUAACAGAUGACUUGUUGAUGGAGACGAGUGCUUCCAAAUCAGUGCAAGAUGAUGAGGAAGAAAACUUAGAAGCAAUGCCAAAGAACAAGAUGAUGUAAGACAAUCUGGCAGAAGGGUUCCAAUUAUUCAAGGCUGCUUUUGACUUCUUUUACAACAUGGACUCUUCUAUGAUAUGGACACUGAAACUAAAGCAAACAGUAGAAGAACGAUUGGUACCAUAUAGAAACAUUUUUAGAGAAAUGAAAAAAGCAAAAAGUCCAAUUACAAUGUAUUUCUGUAAAAUUAGACCAAGUGUGACUGCCUCUUGUGCUUCCCCUUCCACCUUUGCCACCCCUGAGUCAGCAAGACCAACCGCUCCUCUUCCUCCUCAGUCUACUCAAUGUGAAGAUGACAAAGAGGAAGACUUUUAUGAUGAUCCACUUCUACUUAAUGAAUGGAAAAUAUGCUUUCUCUUUCUUAGGAUUUUCUUUAUAACAUUUGUCUUUUGUCUAGCUCACUUUAAGAAUACAGUAUAUAAUACAAAUAACAUACAAAA